AAAAAUAGAAAAGAGAAAGUCACCAGCCUGACUCCAACAGUUGAAAGUCUCUGCUUUUUCUCCCAUUCUCAGGCAAAACGAACCCCCCCCCCCCCCCCCAAAAAAAAAAAAGCCUAUCGUCUCCCUUCUUAUUUUCCCUCUCAAAGGAAAAGCUACAAGAGGAAGUAGAAUUGAUGGUGUUGUUGUUGAAGGUUUUAUAACUGAUUAAAUAACCGCCCAGUGGCAUUAUUGUAAUUUAAUCGAGGGGGGGUGUCACCUGAUGUGGCCUUUAUAUUUUUUGUUGAACAAGAUUCUUAAAACAGACGAAGAAGACAAAGAAGAAAAAGAUGGGGAUCACUUGAAUGUGGCAGCAGGAUGCUGCCCUUUUGAGCUGCCAUCUGAUAAUCGAAUUGGCUACAAAGCAGUAUUGCCUCAAUCACAUUUUGUUCAAGUUCCACAUAUAAACCAGCUGUUCUCUUGGGACUGUGGACUUGCUUGUGUUUUGAUGGCUUUGACUACUGUUGGCGUUAGUGAUUGUAGUAUUAAGAACCUGUCCAAGCUUUGUUGCACAACUAGCAUUUGGACCGUUGAUCUGGCUUACUUACUGCAAAAGUUUUCUAUUAGGUUUUCCUAUUACACUGUAACAUAUGGAGCUAACCCAAUCUACUUUGGUGAGACAUAUUACAAGGAACAACUGCCUAAUGAUCUGGUUCGAGUAGAUAAGCUAUUCCAAAAAGCAGUUGAAGCUGGAAUCAAUAUACUGUGCAGGUCAAUCAGUGGAGAAGAAAUCUCUAGCUGGAUCUUGUCAGGGAAGUAUAUUGCAAUUGCUUUGGUUGACCAGUACAAAUUGAGUCGGUCUUGGGUGGGGGAUGUCAUCAUCCCUGGAUUUCAAGGCAAUGAUUUUGGAUACACUGGUCAUUAUGUCCUGAUAUGUGGCUAUGAUGCUAAAGCAGAUGAGUUUGAGAUUAGAGAUCCUGCAAGUUCUAGAAACAUAAACUUGGGAAAGAAUAUGUGCAGGAAACGUGAUAGGGUCUCAUCAAAGUCCCUUGAAGAAGCUCGUAAGUCCUUCGGUACUGACGAAGAUCUUCUUCUGAUAUCUCUUGAGGAGAGCCGGAAGCAGAGCAACUCUGUAUUAUGAUUUUCUCCACUGGUCUAUACUAGUAGAACCUGAUAUUUUUCUCAGAACCGCUCAGCAGGCUGCUCUCAUCAUUUUCUUUACUGCACAUAUUUCAAGCUUGUGUAUAGUAAGCUCGGCAGGAUUAAUAAUCUCGUAUGUUGUAGUUGCUUAUGUCAACCUAAAAUGAUUUGGUUUUAAUCUGCAAAUUACACGCAUUUGUAAAAAAUAAAUAACUAAAUAAGUGCUUUCGUUUUGUAUAUGAAUUGUAUAUUCCAAUAUCAUUGUUGUAUAUAAUAAAAUUGUGUAUUUUAUAUUUCUUUCGGUGUUCGGAACUUGCAUGAAUGAAGAUUAAAUGUUUUUCGUUUGAUCGAAUAAUCUGACUCUCCUUAAUUUUCCUUUUGUCCACGUUUGAUCCCAUUCCUUGAUUGUUUCAUGUUUUUGGUUAGCCCUCAUGAUCAGUUGUCAUCCAACACGUGGAAAUGUUUCCAUUCCAUAGUUGAAUUAUGCCGCUGUAAGCCUCAAACUGAGGAAAUUAUUACAUCCAUUUUCACUACCGAAUCACAUUGGUCAUAAGCCGAACGUAUUAAU